AUGCACAGAUUGUCAUCCAUCACCAGUGAAGACCUUGAGAAAAGGUACCAGGAGGAUCAAAGUGCUGUGGUGAAGUUCACUGCAGGCCAGCAGUCUUAUGAGCUGAGUUUCAGAGGUAACACAUCUCAAACUGUUGUGAAAAACAGCUCUCAUGUGCAACCUACUUACAGUUACAGUUAGGGCCAAAAAGGCUACUCUUAUACACCCCUCAAAUUCUAGUACUAAAAUCAGCGGCAGGUAGCCUAGAUAUUAGCGAUGUGGAACAGAAGCUGUAAGGAUGCUUGUUAAAAUAGUUAUUCUUGUAAUUACAGACAUGAUGCAAAAAAACGAAAGAUAAGGCACUAUAAGGAUGGUCAGACGACGUCCUGUCUUUGUUUCAACUGCAGACACUCAAGCUGCCAGAAGCAGGUAAUAUAUGGAUAAGGAUGAACUAAGAGGAUGGGCACCAUGUUCUGUAUUUAACCUAAUAAACACUCACAAUGACAUAAUCAAGACUGCAGUACCUCUCACCCACUAUCCCGUUCUUCCUCAUUGAGCACACCUUAUCACACACUUUCUCACUCAUCAUACACCCCCACUUACACAGACUCUUCCACACUCUCGGGGUCUCCCCACUCCACAUCUAACACUACUUCUGACACAUCUUCUACUACUAUCACAUCAUCUAGACUGCAGGAGUUAAUUGAACGAUUUGGUGGUCAAAGAUCAACCUGGUGACAAUUUGAAGUGUUUAGAAAGAAAGUGUUCAAAUUCUGAAUGACUAAUAUGCAUUGUUGGUGUGUAAAAUCCUUGCAACUCUUACAGCACACAAUAAUUAUGUUCAACUAGAAAAACGGAAUAUGAUGAGCAUGUUUCCUUUACUCUGGGAGUUAGAUUUCCGUGUUUUAUGUAUUUUCAACUAAAUAAACUCAAUGACCAAUUGAAAGUCAUUGACUGGUGAUUGUUUGAUUACUGGUGAGGAGUAAUGCAGCGGACUUGGGGUGCAAUUCAGCAACAUAACCCCUAGAGGGAAGCAAACCCCUUAAAAUAAGUAGCACUAACAUUACACAUUUAUUUUAGGCAGUGGUGCAUUCAGAAACUACUAUGACUGUUUACACAGGCAGCCCAAUUCUGAUUAUUUUGCCACUUAUUGCUCUUUUGACCAAUCAGAUCAGAAUUGGGAUGCCUGUGUAAACACUGCCAAAGGGUACAGUAAGCAACCUUGGUCCUGUGGCGCAUAAGGUAUAUAUGAAGGCUAUAGUUUUGUUCAAUCACGGCACCACACUCAUCACCUGUCACUGAGCUUGGUGUAGAAACUAUCAGCCCAAUCCACUGAUUAGGUGAUCCAAGUGGCACCACAGUGGCUGGCUUGAUUGAAAGCUGAUAAAGAAAUGUGUGAGUGAGAUAUGACUAAAAUGUCACACCCUCAGUUAAACUAAUAAUGUAUGGCUAAUUAUUACACCCUGAGACUGUGUGAAAUGUGUUAGAGUGUGUGAGCGUAGGGCAAGUUAAGAGUAUGAAAUUGUGUUACCAUUUAGCAAUGCGAGUAGGAGUUAGACCAGAUAACAAAGGACAAGGAGAAACCAAGAUAAAGAGGCCUCCCAAUUUAGGGAGGAGAGAAACCGUUAGGCUUGUGUGUGUGUGUGUGUGUGUGUGUGUGUGUGUGUGUGACCUGAUGGUCAGGAGAGCAGUUUUCCAGUGGAAAACUACAGCCCGCCUAAAGAGGGGUGGGAUUUUUCCUCUGACGUGUGCAUAUACAAAUAUUGUACGACCAUUUCGUUUCAGAACGUUCUCAUGAAUAAAGCCUGAUGAUUGUAUGCUGGGCUGCUUGGUCUGAUUAUUAGAGAUUUACAACCUCUGGGAUACAGACUGAGUAAUAAGUUCAUUUUUUAAACAUUGGGAUAUAAAUUCUCGUAACAAAAGCGUUAUCUGGCUCCAGAGGUAGUUAUACUCUACGUGUAUCUACAAUUAGGUUGAGGGAUUCUUCCAUGUAAUGAUUUUAAUAUGUUCCAAAUGUGUACAUGUCCAGAGUAGACACAAGGUGCCAUGCAAAGGCUGUGUUACAAUAAUAUCAAAUGCAUUUUAAGUAUGUAGAUGUUAAUUUAUUUAAUCACACUUACGCAGAACAAAACAAUCCUUAAUGAUGCAGUUUUGAUUCUUAUGUGGUCAAACUAUAAAAUUAAUACAAUUAAUUGAGCUACAAAGGACAUUUCAAUUUCAAAAUAAAACCAUGAAUUAGCUUACAAAGGGGAAACGUUCCAUUCUCCAAUCAUUCACAGUAAGGUUAUUAUAUUGUCUCACAAUUGUGUGGAUAUUUAAUCUGAAAACCAAAAUUAUAAAUACAAUUUAUUGAUACAUAUAAAGGUAAUUUCACCCUAAAUUUCAAAAUAAAAAAUAGACUACCAAUGCUUAUAGAUUAUCUAGUGAUGCCAUAGAUUUACUUUUUGCCUUCAUUUUAGACAACUGUGAUCUUCUUGUCCUUGACGGAGGUGCGUGUGGUAUGGAGGUCAUAGAGCCGACCCAGGGUGGUGGGUUAGGGACGUAA